UUUCUUUUUUCAAACUUUACAUUAAAAAAUUAUUUCUUGAUCCAAUCUUGAACCAUAAUGGCUGAUUAUGAAUAAAGCCUACUUUUUUGUCCUGUCACCCUUACUCUUACCUUUAUAAACUCUCGUGAACAAGUCUCCAAUGGGGAGUUCUACAGCGACCCAUUUCAUAUUUUCUUGCAAUUUUGAGCUGCUAGCUAUGUUAGAGAAACAUAGAUCUUGAUAUUAUUUAGCUAAAGUUUUUAUCUUUUUUCAAUUUUGAUAAAUAUGGAUUCUUUAUUUUUGCAAAAGGGAGUGUUGGUGUGGCUUUUUUUGUUUAGUUUGAGAUUUAUUUGUGGAACAACAGCUCAAGGUACUGUGUUUAUAGAUGGGAAAAUUGCUAUUGGAAGAAUAGAUAAGCAUUUUAUUUGUGCUACUUUGGAUUGGUGGCCACCUGAGAAGUGUGAUUAUGGAACUUGUGCUUGGGACCAUUCUUCUUUCUUGAAUCUGGAUCUUAACAACAUUAUUUUUCUCAAUGCAAUAAAAGCGUUCUCACCAUUAAAGAUUCGUUUGGGCGGAACUUUGCAAGACAAAGUCAUAUACCAAACUGAAGAUCAUAAACAGCCCUGUGUCUCAUUUGUUAGAAACACAACAGAGAUGUUUGGUUUUACUCCAGGGUGCCUUCCCUUGUCGAGAUGGGAUGAACUCAAUGCAUUCUUUAAUAAAUCUGGGGCUAGUAUAAUUUUUGGAUUAAAUGCUCUUUAUGGAAGAUCGGUACACCCUGACGGUUUAUCUGUCGGAGCUUGGGAUCCAAGCAAUGCUGAAUCGCUUAUACGUUAUACUGUCAAAAAGGGAUAUGAUAUCCAUGGUUGGGAACUCGGGAACGAAUUGAGUGGUAGCGGAGUUGGAACCAGAGUUGCAGCAGAUCAAUAUGCAUCUGAUACUAUUGCCUUGUACAAAACAGUGCAAGAUGCUUACGAGAAUUCUGAAACCAAACCGUUGGUCCUGGCACCGGGAGGUUUCUUUGAUGAAGGCUGGUUCAAGGAAGUAGUAAAUAAAGCCGGGGCAUCAUUUGAUGUGGCAACUCACCACAUAUAUAAUCUUGGUCCAGGAAGAGAUGAACACCUUCUUGAAAAAAUCCUCGAUCCAUCUUAUCUCGACGGUGAAGCUGAUACAUUUAAUAAACUUCAGAAUAUCCUCAAGGCAUCUGGUAGUUCAGUGGUUGCGUGGGUUGGUGAGGCUGGAGGGGCUUAUAACAGUGGCCGCAACCAUGUCACAAAUGCCUUUGCUUUUAGCUUCUGGUAUUUGGACCAGCUUGGUAUGUCAGCUGCCUAUGAUACCAAGACAUACUGUCGACAGACAUUGAUUGGUGGAAACUACGGUUUACUCAAUACGACUACCUUUGUACCAAAUCCAGAUUACUACAGUGCUCUUCUUUGGCACCGAUUGAUGGGAAGGAACGUUUUGGCAACGAGUUUCUCAGGGACAAAGAAAAUACGUGCAUACGCUCAUUGUGCAAAGCAAUCUCAAGGUAUCACAUUACUGUUGAUCAACCUUGAUGGCAACACCACCAUUCAUGCCAGAGUUGAUUUUAACGGUACUAUGUUACAUCGACGAAAACACAGACAUCAUCAUAACCACAGAAAGAGUUCAAUCAAACUGCCUAGAAGUAGCAAAAUAGCAUCAAACACAAGAGAAGAGUACCAUUUAACAGCAAAAGAUGGAAAUUUACAAAGCCAGACAAUGCUGCUAAAUGGAAAUGCACUGAUUGUAGAUUCAUCUGGAAAUAUACCUACAUUUGAGCCUAUAUAUGUCAAUUCAACAGAGGCGAUAACCGUCGCGCCAUUCUCUAUUGUAUUUGUACACAUACCAUAUGUACUUUUGCCUGCUUGUAGCUGAGUUUGUGUUAUGUAUUAAGUGAUGUAUGGAGCCAAAAGGGGUUCCAUUUGAUUAUUGAACCAAUAAUUUACACACAGAAAAUGUAAAGAGGAUACAUGUAUUAUAUUUUUCUCUAAGAGAAAAUAUAAGCAUUUUAUUCUUGCUA